AUGGCAACUAUUGAUGACUCUCAAGCUAACUAUUCUGCAAGUGAAACAACCACCACCAAGUUAAAGCUCUUUGGAUUUCAUGUACAAGGGGAUGAAGAACUCGAAUCCAUGAAAAUAAUACCUUCUUUAUCGUCUGUUGAUGGCCGUAAAUACGAGUGUCCAUAUUGCCACCGUGAGUUUGCAAACUCACAAGCUCUUGGUGGUCACCAAAACGCUCAUAAGAAAGUACGCCAACAGUUAAAGCGUGCUCAAAUUCAAGCCACUCGAAACACAUUCAUUAGAAAUCCGAUAAUUCCCAAUAUCACUAAUCCACAAUAUGGUGGCCGGAUGAUACUUCCAUGUCCACCCACCGGCUUUAUUCCUCAUCCAUCAUGGGUUUACUAUCCGCGAGCUCCUUAUGCCUUGCAUAUGUCACACGGCUCUGUAGCAGCUUCUUAUGCAAGUAACGCUAGGGAGCCGUUGACUCAGACAAAUAGCCAACCCAGUUGUGGGUUGGCUGGAGGUGAUGAUGAUGAUGCAGUUGGAGUUGACUUGCAUUUGAGACUAUAG